AUGUCUCAGGAAGGUUUCGAUAAACGAACCGACGUUGCGGAGUCCGUGGCAGCCCUUAUCGGGGAAACUCCAAUGGUGUACCUUAAGAAGAUGAACAAGACCGCAGCUCAAAUUGUUCUGAAACUUGAAUCUGAGAACCCUAUGGCAUCUGUUAAAGAUCGCCUUGCCUACGCCAUAUAUGACAAGGCGGAAAAGGAAGGGAAAAUUAUUCCCGGCAAGACUGUUAUUGUGGAAGCUACGAGUGGCAACACUGGCAUCGCAUUGGCCCACCUGGGGGCCGUCAAGGGCUACAAGGUCAUUAUCACCAUGCCGGAAUCUAUGUCAACGGAACGCAGGUGCUUGUUGCGUAUUUUCGGUGCCGAACUUAUUUUGACACCUGCCGCAUUGGGCAUGAAAGGCGCCGUGACCAUGGCAAAACGUAUCGUGAGCAACAACCCAGAUGCGAUACUUGCCGAUCAGUUCUGUACAAAGUACAACGCACAAAUCCAUGAAGAGACGACAGGACCUGAGAUUUGGCGGCAGACGAAGGGUCGGGUGGAUUGCUUUGUGGCCGGCGUGGGGACUGGCGGUUCGCUGACGGGUGUGGCGCGUUAUCUCCGCUCGGUUGGUUGCCAAGCCAAAAUUGUCGCGGUUGAACCCGCGGAAUCUCCAGUACUUUCUGGUGGAAAGCCCGGUCCACACCGUAUACAGGGCAUUGGAGCCGGGUUUGUCCCAGACGUUCUCGAACGUGAAUUGGUGGAAGAAGUGAUCCAAGUAACAAGUGAUGAGGCCGUAGAGACUGCAAAUAAGCUUCCACGUACAGAAGGCAUAUUUUGCGGAUUUUCUGGCGGUGCGAAUGUCUGCGCUGCCUUGCGGAUAGCCGAACGCCCAGAGAUGGCUGGCAAGACUAUUGUCACUCUCAUCCCAUCGUUUGGAGAACGCUAUUUAUCUACGGCACUCUAUCCAACUUUGCGGGAAGAAGUUGCCGCUCUACCCGUGGUUCCGGCGUCCGAACUUCAGUAA